ACAAAUAAAAACAGAACUUCGCGGCAGCACUUCGACAUGAAAACAAGGAGUCAGCAGAAUAAUUUUGUGCAUACAUAUAUAUAUUUAUAUGCACUUUUGAAUUUAUAUUAUUAGCAUUCAGCGAUGCUUCCGCUGCAAUGCCAUCACUGGGUCUAUCGAAAGCCGUCCACUGCCGCGAAAGCAACAACUGCAACAACCACACAGCGUAGCGGCGAUAAAAAAGUUGCCGCUGGCCGAAGCUUGGGGCUCAAAUUGUUGUUUACGUGUCGCGCGGAACGGAGUCGUCUGCUUUUCUCUCGAACGGGUCGAUCGGAUCGGAUCAGAUCAGCGCACCAACGAAGACUGAGCGAUCUUGGCCAGAAAGGCCUGCGUCAAGACAAUUUGUGUGCCUAACUCUUUUGUUUGUUUGCCUUUGGCUCUAUUGGUUUUGGAGUUUAGAAAACAAUAGUUCGAGCGGAGCAGCAUGAACAUACACAUGAACGCCAACACGUUGAAGUACAUCAGCCUGCUGACGCUGACCCUGCAAAAUGCCAUCCUGGGGCUCAGCAUGCGGUACGCCCGCACCCGGCCCGGCGACAUCUUCCUCAGCUCCACGGCCGUCCUAAUGGCCGAGUUCGCCAAGCUCAUCACGUGCCUGUUCCUGGUCUUCAACGAAGAGGGCAAAGAUGCCCAAAAGUUUGUCCGUUCGCUGCACAAGACCAUUGUUGCCAACCCCAUGGACACGCUGAAGGUAUGUGUGCCGUCGCUGGUAUACAUUGUUCAAAACAACCUGCUGUACGUGUCCGCCUCCCACUUGGACGCAGCCACCUACCAAGUUACGUAUCAGCUGAAGAUCCUUACCACGGCCAUGUUUGCGGUGGUUAUCCUGCGGCGCAAGCUGCUAAACACUCAGUGGGGCGCGCUGUUGCUGCUGGUGAUGGGCAUUGUGCUAGUGCAGCUGGCUCAAACAGAGGCUCCGGCGACUGGUUCGGCCGGUGGAGCGGCAGCUGCGGCCACGGCGUCUUCUAGAGGAGCAGCCCCCGAACAGAACCGUAUGCUCGGACUGUGGGCCGCCCUAGGCGCCUGUUUCCUCUCCGGAUUUGCGGGCAUCUACUUCGAAAAGAUCCUCAAGGGAGCCGAGAUCUCCGUGUGGAUGAGGAACGUGCAACUAAGUCUGCUCAGUAUUCCCUUUGGCCUGCUCACCUGCGUCGUUAACGAUGGCAGCAGGAUCUUCGACCAAGGCUUCUUCCACGGCUACGAUUUGUUUGUCUGGUACCUGGUACUCCUGCAGGCCGGCGGCGGUUUGAUCGUGGCCGUAGUGGUCAAGUAUGCGGACAACAUACUCAAAGGCUUUGCCACUUCGCUAGCCAUCAUCAUCUCGUGCGUGGCCUCCAUCUACAUCUUUGAGUUCAACCUUACGCUGCAGUUCACCUUUGGAGCUGGUCUGGUCAUCGCUUCAAUUUUCCUGUAUGGUUACGACCCGGCGAGAUCGGCGCCGAAAUCCAGUAUGCAGGCUCCCGGCGGCGACGAGGAAAAGCUGCUGCCCCGUGUCUAGCUCCAAGUUAUCUGGAUCUGUCAACAGUAUUUUCCACAACCCGGAGGCCGACGAUUACAUCCAAUGUUCUUGAUAUUCCCCAAGUUGUGUGUAUAUAAGUAAGAGUGGAUAUUAAUGUCUGGAAAAUUCGUAGCACUUCUCCCUGAAGAAUCGAUAUUUCCCAUGCAAGGGAAAAGAAACACCAUAAAAAUACUUAAUUAUUUAUGUACUUUAACUAUUAUUAAGGUAUACACUACCUGAACUAAAGCGUAGUCGUUAAAAUUAUAAAAACUUUAGGUCAUUUUAAGAAUUAGUUUAUCAAAGCCACGAAAUACCAAGAAUAUUUACUGGAUAUAUUCUUUUAUUGACCUAUGUAUGUUUACUUAUGUAAAUAUCAACUUAAAAAUUAAUGACGAAUUAACUAAAAAAAUGUUACGCUAGAAGAAUUCUUUGCAUUUUGUGUAAUGAUUAACUAGGCAUAUAUUGUUUCAACAUUCGAAAGCCCGUAAACAACUAUAAUAUUGUUGCUCACAUUGCUUAGAAAUGUCCAUCAGUAAAUUUUCUCUUCCCUAUAAUAUUUUCUUUCGCAAAUACCUAUUUUUGGGCUAUCCAAUAAUAUGCUAAAGUCGAACUACUCGCCAAGCGGUUUAAGUGCGAUUUCACAUCGAAACCACGUUAUUCUCAAUAAUUUGCCACUGUGUUUUAAUAAAAAUAUAAAAAAAGUUGCA